CUUCAGAAUUUCAGGUUUUAUAAAAUUUUUAAUUAUCGCUCUUCGUUAUUAUAAUUAAGGCCGCGAGCGUAAAAAGUGACCACAAAUAGUACUGGGUUAUAACGGCUCUUGCUAUCUCUCCCAUUGGUUUACUAUCGCAACGCGGUUCAAUGUUCAACAGAGGUGCUUCCUCUAGAGAGACGCCCAUCAGGCAUCGGGCCUCUCUCACUUUUUGUAUAUAAUACAGGAGCACACCCAUUCAUUUUUUACUCUUCUUUUUAUCAACAAAAAUGAUUGUCGAAAUCGUUUUACUCGUGUUAGUGACUAUUGUCAGCUUCCUCUACAUUGCAAGAGUUAGACGAUAUCCACACUUCCCUCCAGGACCACCAAAUUAUCCUGUUGUGGGAAGCCUCCUUGCGUUGAGGGCAAGUACACCGUUGCACGAGACUCUAUUUCAACUUUCAAAAAAAUAUGGGCCUGUGGUUGGACUCUUCUUGGGGCCGCAAGCAAAGAGCGUGGUGGUGAAUGGGUAUGAGGCAGUAAAGCACGUAUUAAUGAGAGAUGACUUUGCGAACCGACCUGACGGACUCUUGAUUCGGGCCCGUUCCUAUAAUAAAAGAUUAGGUGUGCUGUUCAGUGAUGGUCCCUUGUGGAAGGAGCAACGCCGUUUUUCGCUGCGCCACUUGCGGGAUUUCGGUUUUGGUAAACGGAGCAUGGAGGGACUGAACCAUGAGGAAAUCAGCACAUUGAUGCAGAACUUGGAUGACCGCAUUUCCAAAGCAGGAGACUCCAUGGACACAAAAGGAAUAGAAAUAAAAGAUUUAUUCCCCGUGUCGGUGAUAAACAUUCUUUGGGCAAUAAUGGCUGGAGUGCGAUACGACCACAACGAUGAGAGCUUUAAGACUUUGAUGUUUAACGUUAACGAGUUUUUCCGAAAUGGAAGUCCUACUGGAGGAAUCAUGGCUUUUCCACUUUUGAGAUUUGUCCCAAUCGUCAAUAUUCCUUACAAAAAGCAGUUGGUGUCAGUCGACGUAUUGCAAAAGUUCAUCCAAAAGUCUAUCGAUGACCACAAGGAAACAUACCAGGAGGAUAAUAUGAGAGACUUUCUGGAUGUUUUUAUAAAGGAAUUAAAAGAGCAAGAAAAUAAUAAGAAUUCAACUUUCACUGAGGAACAACUGGUUGUGUUGUGUAUGGAUUUGUUUUUGGCUGGCACUGAAACUACAGCUAGCAGUCUUGGCUACUUCUUUUUGUAUCUCAUGCAGUACCCAAAAGUUCAGGAAAAAAUGAGGCAGGAAAUCUUCAAAGUUGUAGGACGCGAUCGACUUCCAUCAUUAGAAGACAUGCCAAAACUGCAUUAUGUGCAAGCCGCAACAUGGGAAGUACUGCGAAUGGCAAAUUUGAUUCCAUUCACAGUACCACAUUUUACACGUCAAAAAGUCGAGCUCUUUGGCUACACCGUUCCAAGGAAUUGCCUAGUAAUGGUGAACUUGUAUUCCGUGAUGAUGGAUGAUUAUUGGGGGGACCCGGAAACUUUUAGGCCCGAAAGGUUCAUCAAGGAUGGCGUUUGCGUCAAAAAUGAGCGCCUCAUAUUAUUUGGAAUGGGCCCCAGAGUGUGCCUCGGUGAACCACUUGCAAAGAAUACGUCUUUUCUUUUCCUGACGUCGCUUCUGCAGAAAUAUCGGUUCAGCCUGCCAGCGCAUCACCAAAAACCCAACAUGGACCAUUUGCAAGGUUUUACGAGCUCCCCGAGACCUUACAAAGUUAGCGUACAUCGCGUAUAAAUUUAUUUUUGCUAGACAUAUUAUUAAAUAUUACGUUUCAUAAUGAAAAAAUUAAUUUUGGUAUCAUCAUAAUGUAAUAAUUAUUUUAUAUGAGAUUAUACAAGACUUUUUAGUUUGUGUGGUAUCAUAGCAAUAUGUACUUAUUUUAAUUUUGUAUUUUUAUUUAUUAUUUAGUUGGUCUUUAAGUACUAGUUACUAUUAUUUUGAAUAUAUAUGGAUAUUUUUUUUCAAACAACUGGAAUGAAAAUAAAAUUAUUGAAUAUAAUUUUUUGUAUUGGUGAGAAAGAUUUUUAAAAAUUCGCAUCGCCAAAAUUAAUAAUGCAGGACAAAAGGAAUUUAUGGAGCAAGUAACGCGAUCUAGUCAUUAGAUACAUUUGGAUACAUUGUUGCCCGACAAAAACGCGUGUUUUUGCAACCAACACGAGUGACAGGUUGAAUAGCAAUUUUAAUAUAAAAAUAAAAGGCUUAGUUUAAAAGGGUCAAGCGCGCUCAUUGCUACGUGUAUGAUCACGAACAGCAUGACUGGACUUGCAAAAUUGGCAAAAAUAUUCUCUUCUUCAGGUAAAGUAAUUUUCAAAAAAAUAAUUAAGCUUUUAAUGGGAUUGACUGGUAAAUUAAUUUUAUUUUAGAUGGUCUCUCUAUCUGGAGGAAAUUUGUCUUAUUUACUUCGAUUAUUCAAUUUUUUACUUUUACGAUUGUAAGUGCUGUGUCCCAUAAGGGUGGCUUUAAUGGCGGGAAAGUCGCAAUUUUUGCACUACCCGCCGUUUUGUUUUUUCUCAUUCUUGCAUUCGGCUUGGUCUGCAUACAGGUAAUUAAAUAAAUUUAUAUAAUUUAAUCCAAAAUUCAGAAUAAAACAAAAACCUAUAUUAAAAAAAAAUAAUAAUAAUAAUGAACAUUGAAACGCGUUUCUACGUCGAUAUUCUUGAUCAUUAAAGGGAGCAAAGAUUGUCAUCGAUAAGAUGAACAAGAAAAUCAUUGAACCAGAUCAAGAGAAAGGAAGUCCCGACAAGGAGGUAACAAAAUUAUAUACAUAAUUAUAUAUUUUUUUUUAUCUCAAUCAAAAGGGCUAUACAAAUUUCUUUCGUUAAACCACAAUUAUUAAGACAAGUUUUUACGUUUGAAGUUGCGUCCAAAUACUCAGAACCGUGGAGCUGUGGGAGACGGUCAAGAUGAUACUACAGAAAUCAAUUUGGAAUAAAAACAAAUUUUUCAAACAUUUAAUUUGGUCAUUUAUCAUACAUUUAAUUUUAAUCGCGCAUUAAUUUAAAUGAUUUGGAGAAGAAGAAGGAUUAUUGUACAUUGAAAAAUAAAAAUUAAUUUACGGACUGGUCUAGUCAUACUAGAUUUUUGAAAAAAAAAGGAACGUACAUAAUUAGUUUGAUUGGGAUAAUCAUAAUUUGAAAAUAGUUUGUUUUCAGGACUUGCUUAGAUAAAUACAUACAGCAGAUACACAAUGAUAAGUGUAGCAAAAAAAUGUUGUGAAAAUAAAGAGAUUAUCUACGCAAGUUUCCGUAAGUUGUGUAAAAUUUACGUUUUGUCAAAUUAUCUGGAUUUGUUCAUGUAUAUGGGUUAUAUUUGCCCUCAUUUCGAACC